GUCCAUUCCCCACCCAAACCCCUCUUCUUCCUCCCAGCCCAAAUCCAAGCCCCCGAGCUCCAACAACUCUCCCCCGCCUCACGCUCCACGACGCGAGCAAUGGCCGCCCUCCGCCUCACCACCUCCGUCGCGCUCCGCCCGGCCGCAUCUCCUUCCUCCGCGGCCGCCGCGGCGCCCCGCACGGCCUCCUUCGCCUGCGCGGUGGCCCGGGGCCUCCCUUCCCUCCGCCUCGCCCCGCCCCGCCGCCGCCGCGGCGACCUCCUCCGGCCCAGAGCCGGCGAGGACGCGGCCGCCGAGAGCUACGCGACGGCGCUGGCCGAGGUGGCCAUGGAGAACGGCACCCUCGACGCCACCGUGUCGGACAUGGAGAAGCUGGAGAAGAUCUUCCUCGAGGAGACCGUCUCGGAGUUCUUCGACAACCCCACGGUGCCCCGCGACGAGAAGGCGCAGCUCAUCGAGGAGAUCUCCACCUCCUCGGAGCUUCAGCCGCACGUGUCCAACUUCCUCAACGUGGUCGUCGACAACAGCCGCGCGGGGCUCAUGCCGCUCAUCGUGCGCGAGUUCGAGACCGCCUACAACGCGCUCACGGGCACCGAGGAGGCCACCGUCACCUCCGUCGUCAACCUCGAGUCCGAGGACCUCGCCCAGAUCGCGCAGCACGUGCAGAAGAUCACCGGCGCCGCCAACGUCCGGAUCAAGACCCGCAUCGACCCGGACCUCAUCGCCGGAUUCACCGUGCAGUACGGCCGCGACAGCUCCAACCUCAUCGACAUGAGCGUCCGCAAGCAGAUCGCCGAGAUCACCUCCGAGCUCGAGUUGCCCUCCGUUGCCCUCGACGUCUGAUCGACCGGCUCUCUUCCUCGCCGCGUUGCCCUUGAUGCUUUAGUAAUUACUGUCACACGGAUUUGCAGCACUCAGCAAGAACGUCGGUCUUCUUCAGACCUGCAAAUGUGAUGGAGGAAGGCAUUCUUUUUCUACACAAAAUAGUAAUUGCAUAAUCAUUUUUUGGCAUAAGCCAUUGUAAUUCCUUUCUGCUUUCUGCUGUUGAGAUCUUGUAAUUCAAAAAUACUCAAUUAUAGCGAGUUUGCUCCUCCUCCCAAGGCUCCCAAGUUGAGGCGAUGAAGUUAACAGCAUGUAUAGCUGCCGAUGCAGUUGUGUGUAUAGAUGUGUCCAGAAUGUGGCAUUGGUAUCAACCGGCAAAUAAGAUCUUGCUGCAUUAUGUAUUUUCGUUUCGGUGUGUCGCCAACUUAUGCUUGAAAAUACAUACGGCAGGCAUGAGUUAUUA